UAUUAAUAAACAAUUUAAUUGUUAAUAUGAUUUGUUGAAGGAAUUUGUAUUCUAGUAAAUAGCUGAAAUAGAUAAGCUGAAUAGAUAAUUGCAAGUUUCGGUGCCUUGUAAUAUCAAUCAAACAUUAGUGAGUUUUUAUUGACCUCAAUAUUAGUGAGAUUGUUUUGCUCAUAUAUUAUACUUAGAUGACUAGAAGAAAUCAUGUCUCAAUUUGUCGAAUAUACUGAGCCAGUUUGGCGGGGCUUGAAUAUGCGAGACCUGAAGGUUGACGAAGCAUAUCUAGUGGUCAAAUCGCUCUACAAUCAAUCGGCUUACCUUUACAGUCGAUCAGAAGAAUGUUACACAUGCCCAUUUAGCUUUGUGAAAUCAAUGCACAACUUUACAUUCAAAUUAAAUGUGGCGCGUGGCUGGGAAUUUAAAGUGUAUGACAAAGAAGUGGAUGCGCUGACCGCUAAUGAAGUGCAAUGCAAUGACACGAACUGUAACAGUGUGUGCGAUUUGUAUGCGUCCGCGACAGAUUUGCAAGAAUUUGGAGUUUAUAAUUUUACAUUGCAUGCAAAUGGUAGCUGUGAGGUGAUAGCAGAUAAAGCCGGCGUCAAUGUGAAUUUAUCGCUCGCUUCGGUAUUUCUCCUAGUCACUUUGGUUUUGGUAGCGAUACGAAUGGCUUGCUGCGCUUGGCGUUCGUAUACAUUCAGCCCCGAGGCGGCCGCUGCUGCUGAAAUCAAUGCCGCGGUGACGCCUUCGCAGCCGAGUAAACGAAUGCGUAGUUUGGAUGCUUUUAGGGGCAUGGCAAUUGUGUUGAUGAUAUUUGUAAAUAGUGGCGGCGGUGACUACUGGUGGAUCGAACAUGCACCUUGGAAUGGUCUACAUUUGGCAGAUGUUGUCUUUCCGUCAUUCUUGUGGAUUAUGGGCGUUUGCAUACCGAUUUCGAUUAAGUCGCAAGUGGUGCGUGGAACGCCGAAGGCGCGGAUAUGUCGACGUAUCGUUUGGCGUUCAUUUAAAUUAUUUGCUAUUGGCGUAUGUCUAAAUUCCAUAAAUGGUCCAGAAAUAUCCAAUUUACGUAUAAUGGGUGUUCUGCAACGGUUUGCUGUUGCAUAUCUAGUCUGUGGAUUGGUUCAUACCGUCUUCAUUGAGAGGGAGUUUGUAAUGCCGCAGAUCGCUUGGAAGCGCGCUUUGUGCGACAUUAUUUUGUUGAAAACAGAAUUUUUGGUAAUGUUCUCGCUCAUUGUCAUUUAUUUGGGUUUAAUCUUCGAACUUCCGGUGCCAAAUUGUCCGACCGGUUAUCUGGGUCCUGGCGGCAAGCACGCGAACGCACAAUACCCCAACUGUACAGGCGGCGCUAACGGUUAUGUAGAUCGUUUGAUUUUAGGCGAUGCGCACAUCUAUCAGCAUCCCACCGCGAAAUAUAUAUACGGCGCACAGGCUUUCGAUCCCGAAGGUGUUUUUGGCUGCCUUUUAACUGUGGUGCAGGCAUUUUUAGGCGUGCUCGCCGGCGUUAUUAUACUGGUUCAUACCGGUUGGAGCGCACGCAUUAAACGCUGGCUGUAUUGGUCGCUUGCUUUGGCUCUGCUGGGUGGCGCCCUUUGCUUUUUCACUGUGGAAGCUGGUCCCAUACCAAUUAAUAAAAAUCUUUGGUCUCUUUCUUUUGUUUGUGUCACCUCUGCUUUGGCUUUCGUCAUGCUCAGCAUACUCUACUUUGUUAUUGACGUGCGUCGCUGGUGGACGGGCUAUCCGUUUGUGGAGUCUGGCAUGAAUGCAAUUAUUAUGUAUGUGGGUCAUACCAUUAUGCACAAAAUGUUGCCAUGGCACUGGCGCCUUGGACCGAUGAACACCCAUUUCGUGCUUUUGCUUGAAGCCACUUGGAAUACUUUACUUUGGGUGGCGAUUGCACUAUAUUUAGAUUCUAUUAAGUUUUAUUAUAGUUUAUAAGAAAGCAAAACUGAAGGAUUUAUCAAAUAUCAACUGUUACAUAUUAUGAAUAUUUGAAUAUUUGUAAAUAUGUAUGUAAAUUUUUACUUUAUAUAUAUACUCUUACAUAAA